UUUUCAUGCAGCCAUGGACCUAUAGAAGUGCUAGGAGAUGUUCGUAAAUCUUCAGGUUUUUUUCGCGCACAUGAAAAACACAUCAAAACCGAUUGCACCCGCACAGAAAAAAAUGAAACGAUGAAAGCAAUCGCAGACAACUGACUGAACUUGCUUGUGAAAUGAAAUGGGGUCCUUUUUCUCUAGAGCUAUGGAUGAAAACAUGAAGAAUCAGAGGGAAUUUAUGCUCAUGAACUCACAACUUCAGUUAGAGAGGCAGAUUGUGAUGCAGAAUCAGAUGCGAGAGAAGCAGAUGGCCAUGCAGAUUGCCUGGACGCGGGAGUUUUUGAAGUAUUAUGGGACAUUUUUCAGCUUAGCUGCACUUGGAUUAACAGCAGGGGCAAUAAAAGGAAAGAAGCCAGCAUUAUUUGUUCCUAUUAUACCACUAGGAUUUGUUUUUGCAUACCAGUAUGAUAUGGGCUAUGGAACCUUGAUUCAUAGGAUGAAAGGUACUGCCGAAGAUAUUCUUGAAAAAGAGUCUAAUUUACUAGAAAUGCCACAGGGUUUACCAACUUUCGAGUUGAUUGAAAAAGCAAGGAAAGCUCAAAGGAAGUUCUUUGUAGAAAAGUAGAAUGAACAUCCAAGUGAAAACAUACCAAAGGAGGCUUGUCAGAAAUAAACCUACUAUUCCGUCCAGGCUGCAGUCAUCAAUGCAUUGGUGCUAGAUUCUGUAAUAUUAUGCCACACAUCUGGAAAUUAAAAGCACAAGCAUGAAUUUCUUAACAUA